UCUAAACCCUCGCAAUGCAACCGCAAUCCCCGUCGCUCCUCCGCCUCUCCUUCAACCAAAACAACACCUGCUUUGCCGCCGCCUCCGCCACCGGCUUCCAAGUCUUCCGCAUUAAUCCAUUCACUGAGCUAUUCCGGCGAGACUUCUCCGGCAGCGGAAUCGGCCACGUCGAGAUGCUCUUCCACUCCAACAUACUCGCCCUCGUCGGCGGCGGCUCCCGCCCUCAGUUCCCUCCCAACAAAGUCAUGCUCUGGGACGACAACAAGGGCAGGUGCUUCGGCGAGCUCUCGUUCCGUUCCGCCGUUCGCUCCAUCCGUCUCCGCCGCGAUCGGAUUGUGGUGGUAGUUGAGUUGAAGGUCUUCGUUUACAACAUCGCCGAUUUCAAAUUGCUUCAUCAGGUUGAGACCGUUGUGAACCCUAAGGGGCUUUGCGCGGUUUCGCAGUCAGCUGAAUCGUUGGUUCUAGCGUGCCCUGGCUUGCACAAGGGUCAGGUAAGGGUGGAUCACUUGGCGGCGGCGCAGAAGAGGAGGACUAUUUUCGUUUCGGCUCAUGAUUCGGCGUUAGCGUGCCUAGCUCUCACGCUUGAUGGCAAGUUUCUCGCUACCGCCAGCUCAAAGGGCACGCUCAUUCGGGUUUUCGAUUCGGCAAAGGGGACUCUCCUUCAGGAAGUAAGAAGGGGCGCAAAUGAAGCAGAUAUCUACAGUUUGUCAUUCUCUUCUACUGCUCAGUGGUUAGGAGUUUCUAGUGACAAGGGUACCAUCCAUAUUUUCAGCCUUAAGGUUGAUUCUAGUGAAAAGAAUUGUGACAAGUCACAAAGUUCAUCCGAUUCUGGUGCUUCCAUUACACCAUCCAGAUCAUAUUUCUCAUUGAUUAAAAAAGGAGUGUUGCCAAAGUAUUUCAAUUCAGAGUGGUCAUUUGCUCAGUUUCACUUGCAUGGGAGCUCUCAUUACACUGUUGCAUUUGAUGACCAAAAGAAUACCAUCAUAAUUCUUGGCAUGGAUGGAAGCUUGUAUCGAUGUCAGUUUGAUCCGGUGCAUGGUGGAGAGAUGACUCAGCUUGAUUAUCAUAACUUUCUAAAACCAGAAAUAGCCUCCUGAGACCAUUUGUUAGAUAAAGUUGCAAUGUUGUUUUCAGUGUAGGCAUUUCAAUCUUUCCUUAUUUAUGGUUCUUCAGUGUUAAAGUAAAUAGAAGGACCAUCUUUGAAGAAUGCAAGCAUUCUCAUGUCUUUAAGGGCAGGUGCUAAUUGAGAUGCAGCUGACCGGUCAAGUUGUAUAUACUCAGGAUCCACAUUAUGCAUUCCGUUUGUAAUUAUACUAGGUGGUAACCCGUGCGA